CAAACAAAUGUCAAUUCAACUUCACUCGCGCUUCAGCCUUUACGUAAAAAAAGUAAAACAAAAAAAAGUCACAGAAAAUAAAUUCUUAUUCUUAUAUUCUCAUAGUUUAUUUCUUUUCUUGUGUUGUGUUAGAUUUAGGAUUAUAUUUAACAAUUACUCGCAGACAAUCCUUGCAAAAUUAAAAUGCCUUUAAACGUACAGGGCACGUUUGUAUCACAGAAAAUUAAUAAAAUACGAUGGAUACCGGAAGAGUACGUUGAAACUAAAAACUUUUUCACCGGUAGUUGGGACGACGAUGUAAAUUCUAUUAAAGUUUGGAGUUUCGAAAGUUUGAACGAAGACCAAGACGUGGAAAUUCCUCGCCAACUAUCAGAAUACAAAGUGGAGGGCGAUGUUACCCAAAUUAAGUUUACAGACAAGAAAACUAUAGCGGCGUCGGUUUCGAACGGUGACGUGAAAAUGCUCGAAGUUAGCGUUUACGAUAAACAGACUCCACUGCGAGAAGUUCAUACAUGGAAGAAGUUACACAAUUUUGGAGCAGAGACAUGUUCCUGCACGUCUCUAGACACAUUGGAAGGAGACAUUGCCAGCAUUGGCGAGGAUGGCAAUGUGAACAUACUGAACGGCCGGCGGGGAGAUGUCUCACAAGCUAUCAAGGGAGCUGACAGCUGUUCCUUGCAUUCUGUGUGCUUUAUUAAGCUGAAUGAGGUAAUAACAGGCAAUAUAAGGGGUCACAUGAAAAUCUGGGACAUUCGCUCCUCCACCAACAAACCAGCGGCAGCAUUCCUUCUAGCAGGAGACGAACUCGCAGCAACUUGUAUAGUACAUCAUCCAACACAGCCACAUAUCAUCUUAGCUGGCAGUGAAUCAGGUGCCCUCGCCGUAUGGGACCUGAGGAUGAACCAAUUCCCCACAUCAUUACUAAACGCCCACGCCGCUGGGAUAACAGAAAUGCAAUUCCAUCCAGAGAAUCCAAACAAACUGAUCACUUCAUCUGUUUCCGGUGAAGUUUGGGAUUGGAGUAUGGAAACUUUAACGAAGAAAGCUCAAGAAGAUUGUGUGCCAUUAGAGGAUAAAACUGCCAUGAACGUGAACACUCUGAUGCCGGUGCUGCAUAAAGCUGUCAACACACUCCACUGUGACAGAGGUAGGAUACUAUGCGGUGCAGACAAUGAAGCUGUUUAUUUGUUAAAGAAUUACAAAUACUAGUAUUAAAUAAUGUUUUUUCUAUGUUGUACAUGAUGUCUUUAACUUAUUUUUUUCUGACUACCCACAAAUUAUUGAAAAGGAAUAUUAGACAUAAGUUAUCGAAAGUAUAUCCAAGGUAUGUGUAUUCUUGCACAUACAAUAAUGGGUUGUUAUCAAUGCCGAUGUUGACCUCAGUACUGUUCGUCAUUAGUUUGGUCUUCUUUGUGUUCAUUUUGAGUCCGAUUUUAAUGCUCUCUUCAUGUAGAUUCGAAACCAUGCACCCGAGUUUGAUUGGAUCUUCCUCAAAUAGUACGAGGUCAUCUGCGAAUCUGAGAUGGUUAAGUUUUUUACCAUUAACAUUGAUUCCGAAGUCUUCCCAUUCUAAGUUGCGGAAUACGCUUUCCAACACGGCUGAAAACAGUUUGGGGGAUAAAGGGUCCCCUUGUCUGACACCUCUUUCAAUUUUAAACUCGUUUCCUAAGCUUUCUAGUUGGAUUUUAGCUUUAUUGUUGUUAUAAAUCAUAUUUAUGAUGUCAAUGUAUGCUGCGGGUACUCCUUGCUGAUCUAAACUGUCUAAGAGGGAUUCAUGGCUUAUACUGUCGAAGGCUUUGGCGUAGUCGAUAAACGCUAUGUAUAUUUUUUUUGUUAUGCUCCGUGUAUUUUUCGAGUAUUUGUUUGACAGUGUGGAUGUGGUCGAGUGUAGAAAAUCCUUUUCUGAAGCCCGCUUGUUCCACUGGCUGUUGUUCGUCCAGAGUUUUAGUGAUUCUGUCAAGUAUUAUCUUCGCAAAUACUUUGUACACAUUAGACAUCAGACUGAUUGGCCUGUAGUUUUCCAAGUCGUUUUUAUCACCCUUUUUAUGCAGUAGAAUAAUGUGGGAUUUGGUCCAUUGCUCUGGAAUUUUGCAUUUUAAUAUGAUUUCGUUGAAUAGUUUUGUAAGGAUAGGAACCAGUUCUUCCAUUGUACCCUUUAGCAACUCGUUUGCUAUUCUAUCCGGCCCUGGAGAUCUUUCUGCUUUUUGGCUUUUUAUUGACUUCUCAACCUCGCAUUGUAAUAUUUCAGGUAUUGGAUCCUCAGGGUUUACCCGCGUCGGCUCCAAAAGUGUGCCACUCUGUUUGGUCUUUGCAUUGUGACUUUGUGUUUGUGUGGCAUAGAGCUGGCUGUAGAAGAGCGUGGCUAGGUCCUUGAUAUCCUUUCUUUUCGAAGUAGUUGUUGUUUUCCUUUUAAGCCUAGGUAUCCAUUCCUUCCCUGAUUCUCUUAGUUCUUUCAGCGCCUUUUUCACUCCUCCCGUCCUCGUUAUGUGGCGUUCUAAAGUCUUAAGUCUUAUUCUUUUCCUAUCCUUUCGUAUAUUUUCCCUUAUUUUUUUACUUAGAUCUGUUAUCUUUUUAAUUGAUUCCUUUCGCUGUUUGCUUGAUAUUAGAUCUUUUCGGUCCUUCAAUAGAUGUAGGGUGUAAUCGCUUAGUUGGUAUUUAUUAUUUUGUUGAUUUCUGUAAAUGUUGAUUGUUUUAAGUCUAUUUUCUAGAAGUUCAUAUUUUUUUUAGUGGGUCUAAUCCUUCGUUUGUAAUUUGCUUUUUGAUUUCUUCAAAGUGGUUUUCAUCUACAAGGGUCGGAAGCACUUUCUGUUCAUAUCUAUGAUUUUUCAUGUGAUGUCUCGGUGUUUUGAUCUGUUCCGUUCUUAAUGAGCAGCGCACCAUUCUAUGGUUUGUGUUGAAAUUUAGCUUGUUUAUGACCUUUGUGUCAGUGAAUGCUUUAGGGUGAUUGCUUAUAAUAUAAUCAAUUUCAUUUUUAUAGGAACCAUCGGGUGAGAUCCAAGUCCAUUUAUUUCGUGUGUUUUUCUUAAAAGUUGAGUUAAGAACUGUGAGAUUAUGUUCCAUGAGAAAUUCAACUAGUUUUUGGCCAUUGCGACUUCUUUUUCCGUGUCCGAACUUUCCAAGCACAUAUUCUUCGUUAUUUUGUCGGGCCCCAACUUGGGCAUUGAAGUCACCCAUAAGUAGGAUGUGCUUAUCUGCGUUGGUCCUUAUUGCUCGUGACAUCUCAUCAUAGAAAGACUCUAAUACUGCAAGUUGUUACCUUCAGGGACCAAAUGACUAAAGAAAUCAGCACGAGAAUUGCCGUUGGCUGGAAAAGAUAUUGGUCCCUGAAGGAGAUAAUGAAAUCCAAGGAACUGAGCAUGGUAAUUAAGAGGAAGGCCUUCAACACGUGUAUCUUGCCAUGCCUAACAUACGGCUGUGAAACCUGGGCGCUCACCAUGGCUCAAAGGGCUAAACUGGCCAGGUGCCAACGAUCCAUGGAGAGGAGCAUGACUGGCCACAAGACACUACGGGGAAGUGGAGCAGACUGGUGACGGAAUGGUACCCUAGAGAUGGCAGAAGGAAUCGGGGUAAACAGUUCAUUAGAUGGGAGGAUGACUUAAAGCUCACAGCAGGUCCAAAGUGGAGAAGGGUCGUAUUAGAGAGAGAGCAGUGGAAGUCGCUGGAGGAGGCCUAUGCCGAAAGGCACACUAUGUUAAGAGAUAUUCUUUAAAAAAAAAUGAAAACAAAAUGUAUUGUAUAUAUAAUUGUAAUUUCUUAACACAGAAUAAAGGGCUUAUUAUUAUUA